UUGAAAACGAAAGCACUUUCGGCCACACUGACAGUCGGUUAAGUAGCAAGCCGAUCAAUGUUAUAAUUGGACCUCGUAGCAAACAAGCGUCUAUUAUCCGUCGUUGCUACGCUUUUUUUCUUUACUCUGUACGACUUAAUCACGAUGGUACCUGGUGCAGCAACCAUAGAGAUAUAUACAAUUAAAUUACGAGAAUUACUAACCUGAUGCGUUUCUAAAUUACCCCAACUAUACGUAAUGGAUACGAUAUACUUGCAGUUUUUCUAUUAAUCGAUACUUUUCGACCACGAAAGUAUCAUGUUGGUCUAUAUUCAUAAGGUGCACGACAUCAUUGAAAAAGUGUUAUUUAUUUGACUUCCUUUAAUUUUCGCCAUUAAUUAAUGUUAGCUCGUGUUCUAUAAAACCGUAGUCGGUGCUUGUGCUGAAAAUGGUAUCGACCCAUAAAGUUUACUUCAAUCAACGAUUGAGGUCACUCAACCGGACUGACUCCCAUGUAUUGUGAGCUACAUAUAUAAAACAUAAUGCCUGUCUACAUAGACAAAUCUAAUAGCACUUAUGACGGGCCUGCCGAUGUAGCCUGGAUGAUCAGUUCUGUGGAAUAAAACGUAUGAAGUAUAUUUUUGCAGCCCCUGCUGCCAUGCCAGCCUUUCGACUGAAGAGCGAAGUGCGUAAGUAUUUAUCGCGCAUCAAUAGAGCCUUGCGCGAAUCCUUUUCGGUGCUGCUCGGUUACUCGUGUUGAACAAAAUUGUAGUUGACGUUUGGAUGACAGUAAUCAGAAUGGUUUCCGGCAGAUUGGUCUGAAAUUUUGAAUGGCUCGAAACAAUAUCAUAUACUUGUUUGAAUCAAGUUUAAUUACUGCUAGUGUAGUGUUCAACUUAACCAUAACAUGCGCGGUUAAUUUGCAUAUUAAGAAAAAUAGCAUAGUUUUUGACGAGUAGAUGGCGGCAGAUAAUUUUCGUAGCAACACAGAAAAACGCAAUUUCCAAAUCGAAAAAUUCCAAAAAAGCGAAUCUUUCGGAUAACUGGAUCGUUUCUUAGGCCUAAUUGCUAAAAAUGUUACGUCGAGUUACGCCAGCUAAUUUUUGGGUGGCUAUUUACCACCGACUGACCCUUCUCUGCGCCGAUCUGUCUCCGGGCUGAAUGUCGACGUGACGUAUUGAGUUAUUGGAUUUUGCUGGUUUUCGAAAAGCAACCUACUCAUUGCUUCAUAAAGCCCACAUUGUUAAGUGUUGCCAUUUUCAUGUAUACAAGCUGUCGACGACAGCGACUAGACGCCAUCAAGAAAAGAACGGGUUUUUUGAAACUUUUACGUCCACAUGUAAUCACGUCGUUGUUCCUGAUACACUUCUCGAUGUCAGCAUGGAUAAUGGUCGGCAGUUAUGACGGAUUUGGUUACCUCUUCCAUAGCGUCAUCCUUCUUAUCUUGCUUCUGUACAGCAUUCAUUUUACGAGUAAUUGUGAGGCGGUGGCCUUCUCGACGUUUGUUGAGGUAUGCUCGAUGUUUCUUGAGCUGACCUUCCUUGUUUUUCACGGAAGGUUCUCGUUCUCCCUUUUGCUGGUUGUCAUGCACAUGCUUUUCCGGAUAUUAGCCAUCUGUGUACUCUUGAAGGAGUUUAACGUUCGCGGCGGAUCAGAUCUCUACAACGCACUUUUCGGAAUGCCGUUGCGUUUCUCAUACGACGACCUUGAGAGACCUCAUCUUUCCGUACCUCCGCCCCUAGGUCAAGGCGAGUACAUGAAGAGUCGUGCCCAACAGGGACUGCCACGUUAGGCGUGCUAUACUGUGCUCGGAUGAUCCGUGGGCGUUUCGUGGUUUAAAGAAGAUACGCGUCAGCAAAUAGUAGGCAGGAAGACAAACGUUGCAAUUCUACAGUCUUGACAGUUUUAAUACAUUAACUUCUGCAACUGAUUUAUGAUAUAAUAUUAAUAAGGGUGGCUAGAAGAAUUAACCGAUCGUACUGUAUAUAUAAAAACCGUAAUCUAAACAAGUGAUGGAAUAUCGUUAUUAUACAUAUAUAUGCAAUAUGGGUUAUGGUCACUUGUUACGUAGGCAUCUGAACGCGGCGAGAUCGUUCGUGAGAGAAAGAUGAAUUUCUAUCCUUGUGAUGAGAACGCAUUUAUUUUAUGGCGAAUCAAAGGUUACUUCCGGACAAAGUGCCAAAAGAAACGAUUCAAAUCAGCUGACGCAGCAAAAAUAGUCUUACGCCGAAGCUGCCGGAUGACCCAGUAAGUAAAUGUAUGCACAAAAGGGCAGAGAGUCAAUAUGAAUUAUGAGCGAUUUCCCUUCUUUAUCGAACGAAUACAGUCAUUUGCAUGAAAGCCGGUGCCGUUGCAAUUUUUCGUAGCGAAAAAGUAGUUUGGAAAGACAGAGAAAUUCGUUCUGCUUCGACUAGAACCCAGCCCGUAACGACGACGUUUGAAGCUAAACGGGAUCGCGGACAUGGUGGUAGAGAUGGUUAAAUGAAAAUGGUACAUGACCUGCUGAAGAUCGAUAGGUCAAUACAACUGCUCGCUAUAGAACUAGCCGUCUGAGUGUUUCCCUUUUCGCCUGGGCCUUUUGCCGUUGUCAACGCAGAGUCACGACCUCAUGAUAUUAUGUAAUGCUUCCAUCGAAAUAACGCUGGUUCGCUACCUCAAUAGCCGAGCUACUCGAGCUAAAUAUGUAAAACCACGAUAUGUUUCGUUGGCAUACAAUGUUCAAGUAAAGGAAGAAAAUAACGAGCAACUAUAACCGUCCAUUGCUGAUUAGAUCGCUGUAACAGUUGCGAUGCUGAAAGGAAAUCGCCAUUGAAGAACGUGUAGCAAUGAGGGGAGUGGUGCGAGCCACGAUAGUAACGGCGAGGCUGGUCAGCUCUGGGUCUUACCAAUGAGAGCACCUAUGUUACCUUUUAGGCCUACCUGCUCCCAGCGACAUCGGAGAAACGACAAAUGUAUCAGCUAUCUCAGGCUUGGCAAAUAGUUCCAUGAUCAGUAUGUUAGAAAGGUCUGUGUGACUACGGUAAAAAAUAAGUGGUGUAGACGAGAGCUCUGCGACUAUCUGUUUACUACUCAAUGGUUAUUAAGUGUAGCUGCGUUGCAAAAGGACGUCUUUCAAAAUAGUUUGUUGUCUUCUACGUUAUUUAGUUACGUUCUCCUAAUUCAUCAUAGCGCCGAGGCAAAUAGGAUCCAGGCUGCAAAUAACAGACAUCUUCUAGUCAAAGGAGUAGAAUUUUGUAUCUUUACUCCUAUAAUGAGUGUGUUACAGUUGCUUGUUAGAAUUACUGAAACCUAUUUUUUAAGAACUUGAACGGCUUUAAAUAACUUGAAGUGCAGCCAAAAAUAACAAUCGUUAUUGUGAAUAGUCAUGACGAAAGAAGCGAAAUGUUUCAUGUCAAUCUUAAUAUCUCAAAUCUCGUACAUGAUUGUGCCCACUGCGCGCGGCUAAAAAAAAAUAACAAACAAUACUACACGGGAUUGAUGCGGUUUAUGUAGUUUGCUUCACCGAUUCUUUUCCAGAUUCGUCGGUUGUCAGUGACCAAGCAGUGUAAUCCGUUAGAAUAGAAGAUGGCAAAUUAAGACUGAUUAAAAUUAUAUAUAAAAAAAAAUAUGGAAAAUAAAGAAACAAAAACGAU